GCGCGAGCCACGGAGCUGCACUUGCAGCAGUAGUAGCAGCAGCCUGGCUUGCGCGCGCUAUUGAGAGGGGGUCCGUGAGUGGCAUCCGUCCCCCCCACCCCCCUCCAAGUUCUGGUAGCCUUUUCUGUUCUUUUGGAAGUUCAUUUUAUUAUUAUUUUGAUCAUCGUAUGAUUUGAACGCAGAGGAAAAAAAGGCAGGAUGUCUCGCAGGGCUCGCUGUGAAGAGCAAGAUCAACUGCAUUACCAAGAUUCAGAUGCAUCUGAACGGCGGGAUAACAGAUGCAAAGUCAAGUGGUCACGUGAAGAGGAUGAGCUCUUGAAUUCACUGGUGACACAGUUUGGACAUGACUGGAAGUUCCUAGCAAGCCAGUUUCCUAACCGCACUGAACAGCAGUGUCAAUAUCGCUGGCUUCGGGUGCUAAACCCUGUCCUGGUUAAAGGUCCUUGGACUAAACAAGAAGAUCAGAAGGUCACUGAAUUAGUGAAGAAGUAUGGCACAAAGCAAUGGACGCUCAUAGCCAAGCACCUGAAAGGCCGGCUGGGCAAGCAGUGUAGAGAACGCUGGCAUAACCACCUGAACCCAGAGGUGAAGAAGUCAUCAUGGACAGAGGAAGAAGACCGUAUCAUUUGUGAGGCUCACAAGGUUCUGGGGAACCGCUGGGCUGAAAUUGCAAAGUUGCUGCCUGGGAGGACAGACAAUGCUGUGAAAAACCACUGGAAUUCCACAAUCAAAAGGAAGGUAGAGACAGGAGGCUUUCUUAGCGAAGCAAAAGACUCUAAGCCCCUCUAUUUCCUGGUGGAGGUGGAAGGAAAGGAAAGCCAAACUGCACAAGAAUUCGAAAGCCAGCAACAAACCUUGUUGACAGACUGGCCUGUUCAGGCCGUGGAAAUAAAGCAGGAGGUAGCCACGGAUGAAGAAUACCUGCCAAAGCCGCCUCCUGAGCAACUCCCAGAAAGCCUGGCGGACGACACUAUCGUGGGAGCAUCAGAAAACACAGCGCCUGACAGUGACCUGAAGGAAGGCUCCUCUCACUACACAUGGGUGGUCGAAGCAGGCAGUUAUUUGUGCACCUCUACAGCCCCAGCUAUUACAGAAGCUCUGGACAUGAUUGAAUCUGACCCAGAUGGUUGGUGUGACCUGUUUCAAUUUGACCUCCCUGAAUACCUGUCUACAAGUAACAGCAGCAGCCCAGAUAGGCAAACAUCCCUCAAGCCCUGCUCCACCUCGCAGAACGUGACAGAGUACCGUUUGGAUGGCCACACCAUUUCGGACCUGAGCAAAGGCAGCAAGGGCGAGCUCAUCCCCAUCUCCCCUUGUACGGACAUGAGCUUUGGUACACCGCCUUCUGUGCUUAAGCGGCAGAAGAAGAGGAAAGUCGCACUCUCGCCUGUUCCAGAAGCGUGGACCAGUGGCAACCUCUCUUUCCAGGACUCCUGCAACAGCAUGACUCCUAAGAGUACCCCUGUCAAGACGCUGCCAUUCUCCCCCUCCCAGUUCCUGAAUUUUUGGACCAAGCAAGACACUCUUGACCUUGAGAAUCCAUCUUUAACUUCUACUCCUGUGUGCAGCCAGAAAGCGAUAGUGACUACCCCGCUACACAGAGACAAGACACCGUUGCUUCAGAAAAACUCAGUAUUUGUGACACCUGAUCAGAAGUACAUCACGGACAAUACACCUCAUACACCCACACCUUUCAAGAAUGCUCUGGAGAAGUUCGGACCAAUUAGGCCUUUGCCUCAAACGCCUAACCUGGAAGAGGAUUUGAAAGAAGUACUGCUGAGCGAGGCUGGUAUUGAGCUGAUCAUAGAAGAUGAUGUGAAGCCAGAGAGACAGAAGAGGAAACAGGGUAUGCACAGGAGUCCCAUUAAGAAGGUCAGGAAAUCUCUAGCCCUUGACAUUGUGGAUGAAGACUUGAAGCUGACAGUUUCCACCACGGCCAAGCCUGUUUGCUUCAAAAGUUCUCAGUCCCUAAACCUCUCUUUGUCAAGCAGCAAGAAUGACAACAGCUUGCUCAACAGGGGGUUUGUGCAUGUGACUGCAGAGAAGGCCCCGUCUUCCAAGAGAACCCAAAGCAAAUUCAGACCACCUUUGAUGUCCAGUGCUUGGAAAACAGUGGCUUGUGGUGGUUCUAAAGACCAGCUGAUCAUGCAAGACAAAGCUCGACAGGUCUUGGGCGUGUUGAAACAGAACCACACAUCACGGACAUUAAUCUUAUCUUGAAGAACUCUUGUAAACUCUUGUAGCCAUGGGUGGAGGGAGGGAGAGGAAGAGAACCGAACCUGGGAUGACGCUCUUCUAUUCUCAUACCAGCUCCUUCUUUGUGACUCCUGAGCUCUGCCAUAGAUGUUUUGAUUUAUUGCUCUAAAUUCUGAGUUCUAAGCAUGAUAGAGAAAACAGUGUUCAGAAGAGUUUUGUUUUUUUUUAGUUUGGCAACAGCCCUGCAUUAAUUGAACUGAGACAUUCUCACUUCCCUUGAGAAGCCUUCUCUACCUCCCUUUUCAUUUUGAUAAACAAUCCGUUGGCUUGCAAAGAGGGACAUAAGAGAAGUGAAUCAAUUCAUGGUGAAGAGAAAGCCCUGGACUUCUGGAUUUGGUUUUGCCUUCUUUGAGAUCCUUCAAGUGUAAUUAUGUUUAAAGUCCCUGCCCAUUCCACCUGGCUCUUUUGGAACUUUUGUCUGAUGGUAACGGGCAAAGGGAUUGAGUUGGAAGGAAGAAGAACUGCUAGCAGUUGGAAAUUUCUGCAAUAUACUCUUUAGAUUGGACAAACUCUGUGAACUGGGAUGUGGUCUGUUGCACUAUGUAAAGGUAGGCAUCAAAACCUCUUCUCCAGAGUGUUGCAGUCUUAAGAAUAUCAAAAUCACUGCCGCCAAAGAUACUCCGGCACACCAUUGCCUCUUACCCUGAUCUGCUAUUGCUUGCUAGGUUGCAUAUGAUGUUGUGGUUUGCUUCUGAGUACUUUAUAUUUCCAAGUCCACCAGAUGGUGCUGAUGCCCAUCUUUUCACUCCAGCUCUGAUAUAAGGAAAGGUGCAGGCUGCUUGAAGCGAGCUGGUCUGCUCAGUGCUGGGAGAGUUAAUCGGCUUCAUCGCUUCACAACUGCUAUGGUAAAAGGAGCUUUUGCAGAGAUCUGUGUAAAUCACAUGCAAGUGAAAGUGUGGCCCACACCCCUUGAAAGAAAGCCUGUCCUAGAUAAGAUACAUCUCUGUCUCGCAGUACUUGUCUUCAGUCAUGUUAUAGAUAGGUUCUUCAAAGCACUCUUACACUUUGCUUCAGAUUAGUUUGAUGUAAUCCCUGGGAAAGCAAUUCAAACAGAUCUCCCCCAUUGUGUCAACCUUCUCCUUUUAAUGGCUUCCACUAACCAGGCCUGAGCUGAAACAAUAGAGGCCAGAGAGUAAUGUGGUUCUGUGCUGUAUACUCCACAGCGCUUCAGUUCUAGAUGCCUAAAAUGAAUUGCAAAUUGGUGAUGGAUACCACAGAUUUCCAUGCUUCCCAACCACCCACUAUAUGCUAACAGCCAUAUAGGUGAAUGACAUAUAAGUUAGCAAAUGCCUGCAUCAAACAGGUACACUGGGCAGGAAGUGGUGAUUGGCUGUGGUCCCUAUUGACUAACCAGUGCUUGCCUUUGCAUAAUAUGUGAAAUAAUCCUUGCAACCAGUGAAGUGCAUUGAUUUAGAGGACAAUCUGGAUGCAGGAAGCCUAGUUGUAUAAGAAGAGCUCUGCUGGAUCAAACCAAAGGCCGGUCUGGUCCAAUACCCGGUAUCCCAUAGUGGCCAAUCAGAUGCCUCUGGGGAGUCCAUGAGUAAGAUAGUCGUCAUUUCUGAGCAACUGGGACACAGGCAUGGUUCCUCUGAUCAUAGCCAUCAUGAUAAGUAGCCAUCGAUGCCUCCCAUGAAUUGAUCUAAAACCCCUUUAAAGUUGUCUAAAUUGGUGGCCAUCUUCGCAUCUUGUGGAGGUGAAUCCCAUAGUUUAGCUAUGGGAUUUGUAGCCCAGUCAGAAGUACUUGGAGAUUUAAGUGUGCAUCUGCAUCCUGCAACUUAUGAUGGGUGCUUUAAUGCACAUGUUUGGAGCAAGAAAAUGGAUUUGACCAACCGAUGCCUCUGCAACAUGUGCUUAUAUGAAGAGCGGCAUACUUCUCUUACAGGUGAAACUCGGAAAAUUAGAAUAUCGUCGAAAAGUGCAUUUAUUUCAGUAAUGCAACUUUUUAUUUUUUAUUUUUCUUUUAAUUUUUACAAAUGCUUUCUUUUGGAAAUUCCACAGUAAUAAAACAAGUAGUUACAAUAAUACAAAAAUAAACAUCGCUAUUACAUUUCAUUAAUUACAUUCCAUUUAUAAUUGACCCAC